CCUCACACCAUUUUCAGGUUGCAUUCCAAUCUCCUUCCCUUGUUCCCAUAUCUUUCAAUUUUCAUGUCACUUUUCACUUCAUUGCUUGUUUGCUUUCCACUCAUGCAUGUUUUCUUGUGAAAGAACUUCAUUUUUGACGGAUUUGAAGCAUGGCAGAUUCAAAAUCAGGAUUGAGGAAGCCCGUAUUUACCAAGGUGGAUCAGCUUCGCCCUGGGACAAGUGGGCACACUUUAACUGUGAAAGUGGUCAAUGCUAAGAUGGUGAUGCAGAAAGGUCGUUCUGAUGGUCCUCAGUCCCGUCAAAUGCGAAUUGCUGAAUGUUUGGUUGGUGAUGAGACUGGAAUGAUCAUAUUCACUGCCAGAAAUGAUCAAGGUAUAUAUGUUUUAUUGCUUUCACAAAGCUGUCCAUAUUCAUGUUUUCUGUCAUUGCAUGGUGUUUUUCUAUUGUUCUCAUUGUGUUUUUCUUUGGCUGGGUGAAGGGGCGUUAUUUAU